CUUACCUCUCACCACCCGCCUCACUGCACGACAGGAAGUUGGGAUGAAAACAAAAACGGAAACUUGAAUUUGUCUGAAAAAUGGAGUCAAAAUAAAAAGUAUUGUUAUUGGUUUUUUUGAAGGAGUAGCUAACCCUUCACAUGAAGAUGUCUAACACGACGAGGAGCGGAGACAUCAUCCACCUGAAUGUCGGGGGGAAGAGGUUCAGCACCUCCCGGCAGACACUGAUGUGGGUUCCUGACUCCUUUUUCUCUAGUCUUUUGAGCGGUCGGAUCUCAACUCUGAAGGAUGAAACUGGAGCUAUCUUCAUCGACAGGGACCCCUCUCUGUUCGCCACCAUCCUCAACUUCCUGCGGACCAAAGAGCUGUACCCGCGCUCCAUCAGCGUGCACAUGCUCAUGCACGAGGCCGAGUUCUACGGCAUCACGCCGCUGGUGCGUAAGCUGCAGCUGUGUGACGAGCUGGACCGAUCGUCGUGUGGGAACGUGCUGUUCAACGGCUACCUGCCUCCUCCAGUGUACCCGGCGAAGCGGCGUAACCGUCACAGCGUGGCGGGAUCGCAGUUCAUGGCGGGCCGAGUGGCGCCUGCAGAGAGAGCGCCGGUCAGACGCAGCAACACCAUGCCCCCCAACCUGGGGAACUCGGGGAUCCUGGGCCGGGCCAGCACGGAGGAGAGGACGCCAGGAGGUCAGUUGUCUGAUACCGGCAUGGUUCGGAUCAUCUGUGGUCAUCACAACUGGAUAGCUGUGGCCUACGCACAGUUUGUCGUCUGCUACAGGGUGAAGGAGUCCACCGGGUGGCAGCAGGUCUUCACCUCUCCCCGUCUGGACUGGGUGAUCGACAGAGUGGCGCUCAACGCCAAGGUGAUGGCCGGCUCGCUGGGAGACAACGACAAGAUGGUGGCCGUCGCCUCGGGGACGGAGAUCAUCCUGUGGGCCAUCUGCCCCGACGGCAACGGAAACGAAAUCGGUGUCUUCAGUCUGAACGUGCCGGUGGAGGCCCUCUUCUUCGUUGGUAACCAGCUGAUCGCCACCAGCCACACGGGGAAGGUCGGCGUUUGGAACGCCGUCACCAAACACUGGCAGAAUCAGGACGUGGUUCCCAUCAGCAGCUACGACACCGCCGGCUCCUUCCUCAUCCUGGGCUGCAACAACGGAUCCAUCUACUACAUCGAUGUGCAGAAGUUUCCUCUGAGGAUGAAGGAUAACGAUCUGCUGGUGACGGAGCUGUACCGAGACCCGACCGAAGACGCCAUCACGGCUCUCAGCGUCUACCUAACUCCCAAAACCAGCGACAGCGGGAACUGGAUCGAGAUCGCGUACGGGACCAGCUCCGGGACGGUCCGAGUCAUCGUCCAGCACCCGGAGACGGUGGGCUCGGGGCCGCAGCUCUUCCAGACCUUCUCCGUGCACCGCAGCCCCGUCACCAAGAUCAUGCUGUCGGAGAAACACCUCAUCUCAGUUUGCGCCGACAACAACCACGUGCGGACGUGGACGGUGACUCGCUUCAGAGGGAUGAUCUCCACGCAGCCGGGCUCCACGCCGCUCACCUCCUUCAAGAUCCUCAGCCUGGACGACGUGGACGGACACGGAGGCUGCAGCGCCGGGACGGAGAUAGGUCCGUACGGAGAGCGAGACGACCAGCAGGUGUUCAUCCAGAGAGUCGUACCGGACACGGACAAACUCUACGUCAGGCUGUCGUCCAACGGGAAGAGGGUGUGUGAAGUGCGUUCAGUGGACGGCACGUCCAUCACGGCCUUCAUGGUCCACGAGUGCGAGGGCUCGAGUCGCAUCGGCUCCCGGCCGCGUCGCUACCUGUUCAGUGGCCACGGCAACGGCAGCAUCCAGAUGUGGGACCUGACCACGGCCAUGGAGAUCGCCGGCAAGGUGGACAUCCGAGCGCUGGGCGGGCCGACAGAGGAGGAGCUGCUGGAGCUGUUGGACCAGUGUGACCUGGCUCUGGCCCGAACGCCUGACAGCACGCCGAGAGCCUCCACCUGCAGUCUCUACUCUCAGCUCAGCGACGUCUUCAGGACGGAGCGCCUCCACUCGGCAGCGGCAGGAGGACGAGGAGGAGCCGGAGCUUCGUGUUCGUCGGCGUCGCUGUACGGCAGCCUCCCGCGGCAGGCUCCGCCCCCUGUGCCUCUCACCAAACCGGUCCGAGACUCGGCCCUGCCCCUCUCCGGGCCACAGGCCCUCACCAUCCCCGCCUACGCCCCCAACCCGGGCUCCAGCCCGCGGCCGCCCAGACAGCCGGACCGGGACCGGGAGUGGGCGUCCGUGCGCAGGGGGAGCUUCGUGGAGCGCUGCCAGGAGCUCGCCAAGGGUUCGGAGGCAGCGGCGGGCUCUGGGUUCGGGGUCCCGGCGGGCUCGGACGGCGCCCGGCGCAGCUUAGCGGUGUGCAGCGAGUUAGAGGCCCGGUUCGGCCUCAGGACCCCUACCACCUUCUCGGUGUCGCCCGGUGCACGGCACUCCCCGGGAACGCCUUCAUCCCUGUCAUCAUCGUCGCCGCUGUCCUCGUCUUCUUCGUCGUCGCACCGCAAGGCCACGCCCACCCCGCCAACAAGCCCCGCCACCGUGAGCCCGACCCGGUCCCAGGCGCCCGCCUCUCCUCGCAGCAGCGACGCGGCGUCUCCCGCCGACGCACCGGCGAGCCCAGACGGCCCCGCCGACGCCACUGCCCCCGGCCCGCCCACCAGCCCCAAACCGCACAUGAACGAGACCAGCUUCUGAUUGGCCGCUCAGACUCGACCGCAGAACGUCAGGACAGACGGACAUUUGGAUUUGUGUUUGAGACGGGACGGUGCUGCUCAAUUCUGGAAUAAAAACCUUAACCA